AUGGCGCCGCGCCGCCUGGCCCGGGUCUCCCGCUGCCUCUGCUUCAGCGCCUCCCACCGGCUGCACAGUAAGUCUCUGAGUGAUGAAGAAAACCAGAAACUUUUUGGGAAGUGCAAUAACCCCAACGGGCAUGGCCAUAAUUAUAAAGUGGAAGUAACUGUGCAGGGAAAGAUUGAUCCAGAUACGGGAAUGGUGAUCAACCUCACGGAUUUAAAAGACUACAUGCAGGAAGCCAUCAUGGAUCCUCUUGACCACAAGAAUUUGGAUAAGGACGUUCCCUACUUUGCUGACGUUGUGAGUACCACUGAGAAUGUUGCUGUGUUCAUCUGGGAAAACCUCCAGAAACAUCUCCCGGAGGGGACUCUUUAUAAAGUCAAAGUGUAUGAAACAGACAAGAACAUAGUUGUCUACAAGGGAGAGGAGGCUCUUCCGAAGAAAUGAUCGGGUACAUGUCUCAGUGCCGUAAUCUGUCCUUGGAGAAUGAAC